CUUCACUUGUUCUUACCUUUCAAUAAAUGUUCUGAAGCAUCGCUUAAUACCCUACCUCUUCCUACGUGCCCUAUUCUGCCCUGUAAAGCCACAAUGGCUGUCGUAAAUGAACCAAGCAACGGUGUAAACCCGCAAACGCAAUCCCCCGAAUCAACAUCCAUCCCAUCCCUCCCGCUCUUUCUCGCAGCCAAAAAGCAUGCGCAAACAAAUCCCGAAAAGAUUGCCGUCAUCGACACAACCAAGAACCAACAGUUCACCUUCGGCCAACUCCUCGCCGACACCGCAGCACUAAAGAAGCAGAUCCUCGAGCAAUUGAAGCUCACAGAAACCGGGGACUUAGAAGAAAGGCGCAUAGCCUUCCUCACACCGAAUGGAUACGAUUAUGUGGUGACACAAUGGGCCAUUUGGGCAGCGGGCGGAGUCACCGUGCCACUCUGCACGACGCACCCAGUGAAAGAAUUACUCUACACAAUCGGCGACUCGGACCCGUCGCUGAUCAUCCUGCAUCCGAGCUUCGCACACUUCGAAACACCCUUGCGGGAGGGGACAAAGAAUGGUAUCCCGUUCAUGGAUCUAGAUCCAUUUACGCAGAGGGUCGCGCCGACAGCUGUCCAAUUGCCUCCAUUUAGCUCGCAAUGUCCGUUGGAUCGGCGCGCAUUAAUGAUCUAUACGUCGGGUACGACCUCUAGUCCGAAGGGUUGUGUCACAACGCAUAAGAAUAUCACGUUUCAGGCGGAGUGCCUAGUUAAGGCAUGGAAAUAUGCGCCCUCGGAUCACCUUAUUCAUGUCUUGCCGCUCCAUCAUGUGCAUGGGAUUAUUAAUGGCUUGACGGCUAGUUUCCUGAGUGGUGUCACCGUUGAAAUGCACCCGAAGUUCGAUCCCAAAGUCAUCUGGUCCCGCUGGCAGGAUCAGGGUUCCUCGACCAUGUUCAUGGCUGUGCCGACUAUCUAUUCUCGCCUUGUUGACUAUUUCGAGACUCACAUCCGUGGCACAGAGCAGGAAUCCGCGGCGCGGGACGGAACUCGCGCUCUGCGACUUGUCGUUAGCGGUUCCGCGGCGCUUCCCACACCUAUCAAGGCAAAGUUUGCCGAGAUCACCGGUCAGACGCUCCUCGAGCGCUACGGGAUGACUGAGAUUGGCAUGGCGAUUAGCUGCGGACUGGAGGUCGAGACGCGCAUCGACGGGAGUGUCGGGUGGCCGCUUCCCGGCGUACAGGUACGACUAACCGAGAAAGAAACCGGACAGGUCAUAGAAGCGGUGGAUGAAGAUGGCCAGAUUGAGAUCAAGGGAGACAACGUCUUCCUAGAGUACUGGCGUCGACCUGAGGCCACGAUCAAGGAAUUCACCGCAGAUGGGUGGUUCAAGACUGGGGAUGUCGCCAGACGGGAUGCAUCUGGCGCAUACUUUAUCCAGGGACGGGCAUCCGUCGAUCUGAUCAAGUCAGGCGGGUACAAGAUCUCUGCACUGGAAGUAGAGCGGAUGAUGUUGGGACUAGACUCUAUCCAGGAAGUAGCAGUAGUUGGGCUCGCAGAUGAGGAAUGGGGACAGCGGGUGGCUGCUGUGGUCAAGCAACGCCCUGGAACCGAGCCCCUCGAGCUCCAGAACCUCCGCACACAACUCAAGCAAGAAAUGGCGCCCUACAAGAUCCCCACGGUACUCAAGAUCGUCGAGAACAUCGAACGCAACGCAAUGGGCAAGGUGAACAAGAAAACCAUCAUCCAGAAAUACUGGCCCUUGGUCUAACAAACAGGGGUAUAUAUAAUUCAAUCCACAAAUACAUACAAAGGGGGGGGGGAAAAACCCAACAAACACCA